AGAAAGUCGCGAACAGCAUGUAGGUCGUCGUAAAUGUAACGGAGUAACUGUAGCGCGUCACUACCGCCCUCUGACCGUCACCAGUAAAUAUGAAGCACAUCAAUAAGAUCAAAGCCGUACUUCUUUCCUCCUUGAAGCAUUGGUCAUACGUCAUAAAGAGUAUCGUACGUCAUCAUCAUUUGAUCUCUUUGAUGCCUUUAUCUCAUCCCUCCUAUAAAAGUUCUGCACGUGUUUCACUGUGAAUUCAUGCCAACGUCAAUGAAGACAGAGUGCGUUGCUCUUGGAGUGAAUCGUCUUCCUUCUUUGGAAAAGUUGAGCAGUGUACACAAGGUGACGAUGCGGUGCCUCCUUUGGCCGUUUGCCCUCCUGGGAGCGCUUUGCAGCAGUGGUCCGGCGAGCGCUCUAGACAUCGGCGUGAACGGCGAGCACUACCACGCCGCCAGGGGGUCAGAUGUCAAGCUGGCCUGCCCGUACACUCACACCGUGAGCACCACGCAGUACACGGAGAUCAUGUGGAGUAUUGUGUCCGGACCAGAAGAGAGGCACGUCAUUUGGUUCACCAACGGCCACUUGUAUCCUGAUCUGGACAAAGCACUGGAGGGCAGGGUCCACUUCAUAUCGUCCGAUCCCCACAACGGAGACGCUUCCAUCAUCAUCAGAGACCUUCGUCUCUCAGACUCCGGGAAGUACCGGUGCUUCGUGAAGAAGUUACCAGAACUGGACUUUAAGAGCGUGGAGCUGACGGUCAUUGAGGCGCCCGGUCAGCCUCAGUGCAGUGUGGACAGGGAAUUUGCAGGAGGCUAUGGCGUGACGCUGAAAUGCAAAUCCUCACACGGCAGCCAUCCUCUGAGGUACACCUGGGCCAAGACCAGCGGAAACCAGGUCUUGCCUGCUAAUGCCGUCGUUGACACCGUGGGAGGCACCUUGCGUGUGGACAACACCGGCGAGCGGAACUGCGGGAGCUAUCGCUGCACGGCGGACAGCAUGGUGGACACCAAACACUGCGAGCUUGUCCUCAAGUGUCCGCCGCCGUCCCAACCACACACAGACGUCGACAGUCCGCAGUCCCUUUCGACCACCGCAGUCGCCUCCAUUGCUGUCUUCGUCACCAUCAGCGUGCUCGGCCUUGUCGCCAUCGCCGCUGCCUUCUACUGGCACCGACAAAGGUCCGUGGACUUGAACGACAAAAUAGCUAUAUAAUAGAUUAUUUCGUCUUUUGUGUAACAACACAAAAUGGGACUACCACGGCCGGCGUUUGACCACCAGCAGCAUUUUUCUUAGUUUGUUUUUGCAUUCUUAAACAUUGACUUUUUUCAUGAUGUUAUCUUAGAAUUUUUGACUGCAGCGGCCUUUUAAUUUGCACUUUAAUUCUCUCAAGUGUAAAGAUGUCCAUUUUCUUUAUGUUUUAGUCUUGAUACAUUUGUAAAUAAAGGCCAGAAAAUGGAAAGGAUUUACAGUAUUUGUUUUACGAACGAUGAAAUGUUUUGAAUUUUUAGUAUGAGAAUUUGUAACUCGAUA